UAGUGUUUUGUUUUUUUCACAUCUUGUUCUCACAUCUUUCUAUCCUGUUUUCAUUGGGUCGAUGUCUUCUUGGAAUCUACUGAGAAUAUCAACUUGUUCCCUGAAAUUUUCUAGUGCCUCCCUUAGAUCUUUUUUGAAAUCUGCUCUUAGAUGUCCAGUUUCUCCUUUCCUUUCCUUUGUGAAUUUGUCUUUCAUGUACUCAUUGUUAGGAUUUCCAAGUUUAAUGUUUUGUCAUCCAGCACUGACUUGACCUUAGGCCCUCUAUCCAAAAGCCUGGGAAGCAGCACAGUCAGUUGCGUGGGCCACACAUCGAACACUAUAAAACCCUACGGAGUUCUAUUGGGUUCUUUUUUGCCAGGGACACACCGACAGACCGGCGUUGGACUCCAUUCGCAGCUGACGUAGGCAUACACCGUGCACUGCUGUAGGGCAGAACACGGUAACACCACUUCCCGCUUUCCCUUAGCAUUUAAAAAGAUGUGGGUCGCGACCCAUUUGAAAGUCCUGAAGGCAAUAUAAUGGGCCACGACAAGAAGUUUUAAAAUGAAGAAAUAGAGCACUAAAUAGAAUGCAGAACAAGUAGUAAAGGCAAAUAAUGAAUUGUGCAGUGUUUCCCUGCGUUUUAAAAUUAUACACGUGUGUAAAUGUGUAUCUCCUACACAACGUUCGGUCACACAAACUUGAGGGUCCCCAGGAUCCCGUUACUCCCACCAGAGUUCAGAAGCCAGAGACUGGCGCGGAGAACUCCCGGCCCCGCCCAACGGGAGCUCUGGGAAAUGGAGUUCGGCGUCGUGGAGCAUUCUGGGAACCGUAGUUCCGCGCGUCCGCCGGGCACGACGAGCGGGGGGAGGGGCUCUCUCCGCGCGACCGGAAGUGGCCGUUGAAGCCGGCAGAGGUUGGCGCUGGGGAAGUGCACCCUCUUCGGCUCCCUUCGCUAGGUCUGGUGCCGGUCCCGGCGCUUCCGGACGCGCGAGCUGAGAGUGUGGAGCGCCCUAGAGGGAGGGAAGCCCAGGUAUCACCAUGGCAACCGCCAGCCUUGCGGCUGCGUGACGUCAUCCUCCUCGCCCCGCUGGAAGCGGCCUCUGCGAGAGGGAGCUGGGGAGUCCUCGGAGGGGGCGCCCCUCGCCUCCCUCCGUGCGGGGCGGUUCCGCCCUGAUCCCUUGGAGGGCUUUGUUCUUUUGUUCCGGUCUGGGAGGAAGGACUGGGAGCGGGCCCCGCCCCGCCGCUCCACCUUCCAGCGUUUCCACCCCGCAACAGGUGUGUCUUCCGUUCGCGAGCCGGGGCGUGAGCCCGCAAGUGGGCACGGAGGGCUGCCCCGCUCCGCCCGUGUAAGGGCUCAGCCGGCGCAGACUCCUGGCCGGACACCUGAGCCCCCCAGACCGAGGCCCCCGCUGGAAGGACGCUGCUUGAGAAAUCCUGGUGUCCAGGCUCCGGAGGAACGGAAUGAGCUCCUGAGAUGGAAGAUCCGACCUCUUCGGAGUCCACCCUUCUCCCAGGGGGACAUACUCUCCUCCCACCAGCCAGUUUUCACGAAUCCGUGACCUUCAAGGAUGUGAUAGUGGAUUUUACCCAGGAGGAAUGGAAACAGCUGGACCCUGUACAGAGAGACUUGUUCAGGGAUGUGACGCUGGAGAAUUAUACACACCUUGUCUCUAUAGGACUCCAAGUCUCCAAACCUGACGUGAUUUCCCAGUUAGAACAAGGGACGGAGCCAUGGGUGGUGGAGUCCGGUGUUCCGGGAGCUACUGGCGGGGACCGUGACAUCGGACCAGAAGAAAGCCGAGCAGUCCCAGAGCCGGACAUCUCCGAAGAGCGGCCGUGUCACAGGGCAGUGGUGGAAAACCACAAAAGGGAAGACCCUCGCGGUUCUGACUUUUCAGAAAGUUGGGGGUACGAAGGCAGUCUGGAGAAGCGUCAGGCACACCAGCAGGCGCUGCCAAGAGAGAUGAAAAUAACCGAAAAGACGAUACCCACUUGGGAGAGAGGCCCUAUAAACAAGGACUUUGAAAAAAGCAUCAGUGUAAGCUCAAACCUUGUGACACAAGAAACAUCUGCAGAAGAGACCGCUACUAAGACGAGCGUCAAACAGAAUACAAACCCGGUCAGAAAAGAGAAAUCUUGUAAGUGCAACGAAUGUGGGAAAGCGUUCAGUUACUGUUCUGCUCUCAUUCGCCAUCAGAGGACGCACACCGGGGAGAAGCCUUACAAAUGUAAUGAAUGUGAAAAAGCCUUCAGCCGGAGUGAAAACCUUAUCAACCAUCAAAGAAUUCACACUGGAGAUAAACCCUACAAAUGUGAUCAGUGUGGGAAGGGCUUCAUUGAGGGUCCGUCUCUUACUCAACAUCAAAGAAUCCACACUGGAGAAAAACCCUAUAAAUGUGACGAAUGUGGGAAAGCCUUCAGUCAGAGGACCCAUCUUGUGCAGCACCAGAGGAUUCAUACUGGGGAGAAACCGUACACCUGCAAUGAGUGUGGAAAAGCCUUCAGCCAGAGAGGCCACUUUAUGGAACAUCAGAAAAUUCACACGGGAGAAAAACCUUUCAAAUGUGAUGAAUGUGACAAAACCUUCACCAGGAGCACGCACCUUACUCAGCAUCAAAAAAUUCACACUGGAGAGAAGACCUAUAAAUGCAACGAGUGCGGGAAGGCCUUCAAUGGGCCCUCGACAUUUAUUCGUCACCACAUGAUCCAUACUGGUGAAAAACCCUACGAAUGCAACGAAUGUGGGAAAGCCUUCAGUCAGCACUCCAACCUCACCCAACAUCAGAAAACACACACCGGGGAGAAGCCGUACGACUGCGCCGAAUGCGGAAAGUCCUUCAGUUACUGGUCCUCCCUCGCUCAACAUCUGAAAAUUCACACCGGAGAGAAACCUUACAAGUGCAACGAAUGCGGGAAGGCCUUCAGUUACUGCUCGUCCCUGACGCAGCAUCGGAGAAUUCACACCAGGGAAAAGCCCUUUGAAUGCAAUGAGUGCGGAAAGGCUUUCAGUUAUCUCUCCAACCUGAAUCAACAUCAGAAGACUCACACCCAGGAGAAAGCUUAUGAAUGUAAGGAGUGUGGGAAAGCCUUUAUUCGGAGUUCGUCUCUUGCUAAACACGAAAGAAUUCACACCGGUGAGAAGCCCUAUCAGUGUCACGAAUGUGGGAAAACCUUCAGCUACGGCUCCUCCCUGAUUCAGCACAGGAAGAUACACACCGGAGAAAGACCUUACAAGUGUAACGAGUGCGGGAGAGCCUUCAACCAGAACAUACACCUCACGCAACACAAGCGGAUUCACACGGGAGCAAAGCCUUACGAGUGCGCGGAGUGUGGCAAAGCCUUCCGGCACUGUUCCUCUCUUGCUCAACAUCAAAAGACUCACACGGAAGAAAAACCCUACCAGUGUAAUAAAUGCGAAAAGGCUUUCAGCCAGAGCUCUCACCUGACUCAGCACCAGCGAAUUCACACGGGAGAGAAGCCCUACAAGUGCAACGAGUGUGACAAAGCCUUCAGCCGCAGCACGCACCUGACCGAACACCAGAACACGCACACGGGGGAGAAACCUUAUAACUGUAACGAGUGCAGGAAGACUUUCAGCCAGAGCACGUACCUCAUCCAGCACCAGAGGAUUCAUUCGGGAGAGAAGCCUUUUGGAUGUAGCGACUGCGGGAAAGCCUUCCGAUACCGCUCUGCUCUCAACAAGCACCAGAGACUGCACCCGGGCAUAUGACCCUUGCGGGAACAUCACAGACGUGGCGGACACAUUUGCUCCCGUCUGUCCUUUGGUUAAGUGCUGAAGAUUCAGAGUGACGUGAGAAACUGCCUAAAAGAUGUUAACUUUUCACGGUCGCACUAUGGAAGGGAAAGUACAUUGGGAUGAAGCAAUCCAGUGGUUUUCGAGCAACUUUGUGACGUUGGAAAAUUCGACUGUUUUAAGCUUCACUUUGCUCCGUGAAUGAGGGGAUUUGGAGUGGACGCUUUCAAAGGUUGUUUGGAAUUUUAUAUUCCACUUUUUUGUGUUCACAGUGUACUCUUGAACGGGGUCACUGCACGUCAGCAUUUUGCUGUGUCGCAUCUAGAGUGUGUAUAUUUAUGCAUGUUUUGCCAAUAGAAAGCGUCUGUGCUUCAGUAACUAGGCUGGGGAUCUGUUAUGCUUCUGUUCUAAUGCAUUUAAGUUGAUUAACUGGUUCCUAAUAAAAAGAACUGUAAAGCA